AUGGGUAAGCAAUCAUUUGAUGCAGUAUAUAAUUUACAUAUGCACUGGUACAAUUAUGCCAUUAAAGCACUAAUUGGUGAAAUGGCUAAACAGUUAUUAAACCACCUACAGCCAAAUGAACGACAACUGUUGGCAAAAUGUUUACGGAAAGUCAGUGAAAAAUCAUCUGUACGUAAAGGUGCAAAAUGUUUAAUUGAAGCAAGAGAUAGAGCAAAGGCAAAUCGGUUUUAUGAAGGAUGUAAUGAUCCGAAAACAGGUUACAUCCUCUGUGAUACGUAUGAAAAAAGUUUUAUCACUGUGGAUGACAAUAUUGACGUCGGCACUCAUCGAAAACCGACUAAGAGAGAAGUUUCUGAAUUAAUCCGAACAGCUAUUCACGGUGAUAAGAUAAAAGAAGUUGGAAAUUGGGCAACAACGUAUAAGAAGUUACUGGAAUUUAAAAAAAGUAUUGGUGCAACAAAAAAGUCUGAUGCAGCUAAAGUUUAUCAGAAACGUUUGUACGACAUUGUCUUUGAGAAGGACUUACCUGACAGGCAAGAUCAUGAAAAGAGCAGUGCUCCAGACUAUUUGUUGUCGCCGUUUUCUGCAGUCGACAAUAUUAAAAAAAAGUUUAAAAAGACUACCACAAGUUUCAAAUUUUUAAGUCCACGGUUUGCACCAAUAAUGCCGGACAAAAUAGACACAGCGUCCAGAAUUCUAUCGCCUUCAAUAUUUUCGUUUUAUGAAGAUAACAGCCCCGAUAAUAUUGCUUCAAUACCAAAGAUAAUGAAUAAAUUUGGAAUGGAGGAGCAAGACCAAGAAGCAGUUCUAGAUGUGGUAAUGGACAUCAGUGGUACUAAAAAGACUGUAGACAUAAGUUUAGACAUGUUGAAAAAAGCCAAUAAUCUUGGAAUAAACGACAAAAUAUCUGAGGCUACAUCUAAAUUAAGUAAGGCAUUUAAAGACCUGGAAACCAGCUUCAGUAAUCGGCAAAAAUCUGAUAUAGAUAACAAUGGCUUUGCAUUUCUAGAACCAAACCAGCUAAAUACACUAAUAAAGAAACAUGGAAUAAAAAACCCUAUUGAUGUUGGAUUUGAUAUGAAUGAUUAUGCGAAUCAGUCUGAAAAACAAAGACACGUCAGUCUUUGGAAAAGUAUUGAGUAUUUUGCAGGAAAUAAGAAUCAGACAAGACAGAAACGCCAAAUCUCCGUUUUGGCACCCAUUAUCUUGUCACCGUACAUGUUUGCUCCGAUAUUUGGCUUAACCGUUUUGGGUCCAGUAGUUCUGUCGCCGAACAUAUUCAGUCCGCUAAUUUUGAAUCCCGCAGCACUUAGUCCGUUCAUAAUGAGUCCAGCAAUAUUUAUGCCAUUUAUUCUUUCUCCGUAUGUUCUAACUCCCUAUAUAUUGACUCCCCUGCUCGCAGCUCCAUUCGUUUUAAGUCCAUACUGUCUCUCACCAAAUAUUCUCAAUCCCUACUUGUUAAGUCCUCUCAUUUUAAGUCCUUAUGUGUUAAGCCCUGACAUUUUGUCACCACAGGCACUUGGAGGUUCUAUCCUGUCUCCAAACGCAUUUUCGCCAGCAAUACUAACAGAAUCUGCUAUAAUGGCCAGUGUUUUAUCGCCAUCGUUUAUGUCUUAA